ACCUCUUAACUCUCCUUCCCCAUGGGACCUGGGCCUUUUUGUCGCUGUUAGGGCGGUGCUUCUUUCUACGUCCGUACCCAACGAUCCAAAAGUGGCUUCCACAAGAACGACAGUGACAAGCAAACCACAGCGCCGAGGAACUCCACAGAUCGAAUUGACAUUCCAGCUACAGAUCUCCACAGCUCGGAUGACAUGCUGUCAUCCUAACCACGAGAAAAAAGAAAACCAAAAAGAGCAAAUGCAAGCUAGACCCGUUUCGCGUGCCUGGAACCUCAGGUACAAGGAGCAAAGGCAAAACCUACACACAAGUCUUGGGAACUGCAACGAAAUCCUUCGAGUCUUUUUUGUGUUCAGUGAGGAACCCGUUUGCAGUGUUCGACAGAUGUCGGACCAAACAUGCCGUCCGUUGACUUCGCGUGUAGGAAUGAUGUCUUAUCUCCCCUACAAGGCACGUUCUGGGAAUGACGAUCACUUCGUGACGGGAAAGCCCACAAUUCUUCACGAUCCACAUCCACCACUCCUCCUCGUGGGGUACCUGAAUGGAUCUAAGACACGAUUCAACGUCUACUGCGGUUCGAGGAUAAAAUCACGCAAGCAACUAAAACACUGCUUCAAAGGAGUCCAAGCCCCGAGGGAAAACGCGUGAGGGCGAAGCCCACGGAGUGUAAACCCAAAAAUACGACCUUAGCUUCUCCACACAAGAGAGCUUAUAUGGAGGAGACCAUAUUCGUGAUUUAGUGGGAUGUAUGUAUCACUCCACAAGAACUCCACCCUUGCACUAUUGUCAACUGUACAGCUCAACCUAUUCUCAAAUGCUAUUCUGCAACCCCCUGAAUACUUUCAAGGCUUUUCUGAUCUUUUCUCUCAUGGUUCUCUAGUUGG